AACGCAUGGGCUCAGUGUGCGUGUAGCGGUGGUGGGACGAGGUUGUGCUAUUCGGAUUUGGAGUCGCCUUGAAUGGGACGAGAGCCACCGUGGAGUGUGUGCCGCGAAUAACCCCAAAUAGUAGACGUUAUUUUUGAAUGAUUUCCCAUGGCUUCUUGAGUGGAUUUAUGCCAAUGAAGUGAAGAGUUUUUUUAGUGUUUAGUGAAUAUGUCUCUGAAAGCCUUUACCCUUUUAGCGGUCUUCUGGACCACGUCAAUUAUUGCUGGAUUUACUCUCGAUGAAGGGUUGGUGAGACGAUAUGAAGUCGACGGCCUGGCGGGCGAAUCGGUGCACCUGCCCUGUGAGGUAGACAAGGCUCUCUGUGGAGAGUUCCACAGCAUCAAGUGGUACAAAGGGGUCGACAGAGUGUUCAUUUUCUCCGACACCGCCAACGUGAGGAAAGCCAUGGGACCACUUACCGAUAGAACGGAUUUCCAUUACGUUAUGAAUGGGACCGACAGUAGCUUACAGAUCUUCCCACUGAGGACAGAGGACGAAGGCCUCUACAAGUGUGAGAUUACUUACUUGGCUGUGAGGGAAGAGUGCUCGAUUGUGCAGUUCAUCAACCUCACGACGUACGCACUUCCCACUUACCUAAGUUUAGCUUUCGAGGACGGGUCUCCGAUAGAUAACGGCACCUCUAUAGGUCCCUUCGACGAGGCCACAACGCUCACCGUUGUCUGCGAGUCUGGAGGUGGAAAACCAGUGGCUCGCGUCACUUGGUGGAACGAUACGCAACCUUUAGCAGGCGAUUAUUCAGGAAUCCUCGCUCACGACGGCUCUGGCGUUGGUAGAAACAUCCUCAGGCUACCCUUGACCCGAGGUGACCUUGGAAGGACGCUGAGAUGCGAGGCGGAGAACGCUGCCAUGACCUCGCCCUUUAUGGCUUCUGUAACCGUAGAUGUUAACGUUCCUCCACUAAGAGUAGACGUGUCUGGAGCCGAGGAUGCCACGCGAGAGGGGAACAUGGUCGUGCUGACGUGCCUGGCCAGGGGGGCGCGGCCCCCCGCUACCAUUACCUGGCGAAAUGGGUCACUUCCCAUUGAAGAUGCUCCCACUAUCGUCAACGUUGAGGCGGACACCAAAGAAAUACGUCUUGAUGACGACACGUACGAGACCCAGAGUCGUCUGCAGUUCACGGCAACGAGAUUCGAGAAUGGGCAAAGCUUCUCUUGUGAAGCUUCGAACACCGUCCUUGAGAAUCGCCACCAGGAACCCAUGACUAGUGUCGUCAGCCUAGAUGUUCAGUAUGCCCCCAUCGUGAGGGUUAGUCCAGAGAACAUCACAGUAAACGAGUCUAUGGAUGUACUCAUCUUCUGCCAGUACAGUGCUAAUCCUGCUGAACUGACACAUGUUUAUUGGUACCAAGAUGAUCGCCAGGUGGACGUCGCAGGGUAUCAGGAGAAAUAUGGUAAUGGCAACAUUGACCACCCAUCCCUCCUCAUCAAAAACAGUUCAGCUUCGGAUAUGGGUGAAUAUACGUGCAGGGUGGCCAAUAGCGUGGGGGCGUCCAAAGUUAUCAAUUCUGCCUUCGUCAGCGUCCAAUACCGUCCACAAGUGCAAGUUAAGAUGGAUCCUGUCGAACCUGUCUCAGAAGAUGAGAGGGUCAAUGUGACGCUUAUUUGUGAUAUUGUUCGGGCCAAUCCGGAGUACUUGAUCAGAGUCAGGUGGUACCUGGACGGUCAACUUCUGAAGGAACUGCCAGAAUGUGACGGGAAUGCAACUCUGUACGAUAACGACUCCGAACUCUGCGACAUCGAUCCUUCGCGCCUCCUUCUGGAGAACGUUUUCAGGGACUUCCACGGCAACUACUCCUGCGACGGCAUGAACGAGGCCGGUUGGGGCACCCGCUCGAACGAAGCCGAGCUCAUCGUCCACUACCCUCCAGGACAGGCCUACAUCACAUACCAGCCAUUGCUGUCGUCAAGCCUUCUCUUCACAUUUUCCAUUCUUCAUCACUUCGAACAGGGUCAUUCGCUCGAGUUGACGUGUAACGUAGACGACCCAGGCAGACCUGCCGCCACUUCCUUCAGAUGGUACCGAGGGUCACACUUGAUCCCCGAAACCUCGGCUACGUGGUCGAUUGACACGGUCAGUCUGGAGACGGAGGACAACUUCACCUGCGUCCCUGUCAACUCUGAGGGCGAAGGGACCAACUCCAUCGUGUCCAUUGACGUUUUAGCUGCGCCCAUCUUCAUCGAUCGUCUGCCUCCUUACUACGGCGCCCUGAUGAACUCCAAGGAAGUGUCCCUCUCGUGCAGGGUGGAGUGCUCGCCCCUGUGCGCCAUCGCCUGGUACAAGGACGACCUGCCUCUAGAUAAUGACACCCACUACGUCAUUACCACCAGCGUUAUGGAACCUGAUCCUUCCUCAGGGGACUUGGAGAGUGUCAAAUCCGUCGUCACCUGGCAGAUGGACCGCUGGCCCGACGGCAUGCUGGAUCGUGACCAGGACAAUUCGAAUUUUACCUGCACUUCCACCGCCAACACUGCCGGUCCAGGAGUCACCUCCCACACUUAUUUCCGCGUGGAGUAUCCCCCGGAGGAAAUCAUCGUUUCCGAUACCUGGGUGCAAGUGGUAGAAGGAGAAAUUCCCCCGAAAGUCGAAUGCAGGGCUUCGAGUUAUCCUGAGGCGACUUACGUCUGGCAACACGGCGAAGAUACUGUGUCUACGGGAGCCGUGCUUAAUUUAGACUACCCGAUUGAGAGAGCAAGAGCCGGUGACUAUGAGUGCAUAGCCCAGAACAGGCACGGACAGAUGACCUCCACUGCAACCUUUGACGUGCUCUUUAAACCGGAAUGCAAGAUUGACCGUCAAGAUGGUGGAAGCGGCGACGACGCUCACAUCCUGCUACUCUGCAGAGCUGCUGCCAAUCCGGAGGAAGUCAUCUUCAGGUGGCGCAUGCUGAAUGAGACCCUGACCCAAGACGUCACCUCCGAGGGCCUGGAAUCGCGUCUCCGUCUCCCAGCCUCUGCGUCGUCCUUAGGGACAUACUAUUGCUACGUGAACAACACUAUUGGAGAAGGCAUUCCAUGCGAGAUUGAUGUCACAGGUGUCGCAGGCAUCAUGGAGAAGAUCGGCAACGACGACAUCAUCGUCAUCUCGGCCAUCAUCGCCGCCGUCAUCGUCCUGGUGCUUAUCGUGUGCGUCGUCAUCAUCGUCUUGUGCCGCAGACAGAGACAAGCUGGAAAAUACAACGGCACAGCGCAUUUGCAGGACAGAGAGAACCCCGAAGGGACCAAUGGGCCCCGCCCCGACAACCCCUUCACCCAAGCCUCAGUCCAACCAGUACAUAAGUGGCCUCUCCGACCAGGGGUCCAUGUACACGUCAACUCACUCACUAGCCUCGUCGACGAUGCUAAACCCUUACACAAUAACAACACAAUGACCAUCCUCUCCCCUCCUCCGCCUCCCCCUCCCCCGCCCCCUCCUUCGACCAACGCUCCUCCUCCUCCAUCACAUCACCACCAUCUUCAACAGCUUCACCACCAUUCUCACCAACAACAAGGCAAUCACCACCCCUCUAGUUACUCCCACCCACUCCGCCCACACCAGCAGUAUCCAUCUACUCUGGAUGGGCGGCGCCCAGGCACUGGCGUACGAAGGGCCAAUUCCCACAGUAUCCAUAGUAAGACAUCGUCAUCUCAUACCCUUCCCCGACAGAACUCCAUGGAUUUCCCCAGAGGGGAUUGCGACCCUUUGUCAUCCUCGACCCUCAAUCGCUCCUCCCCACCAGGACCUCCUUCCUCCUCCCACACACCUCCCCUUCCAUCGACUAACCAUGGCACUAACCACAAACACAGAUCCAAAAGUACUGUGAAUGACCCCUCUGACCUUGAAUAUCACUCGGGCAAUUCAGUCGUGUCACAAACCAAGCCUGAUUGCAGCGAAGCCCCGACCAGUAGAAGGAAGCGCAAAAAGCCAGGUCAAGAUCCUGAAGUUCCUAAGCCUGCCCCCACUGGUCCAAAGGAUAAUGGAGUUCCCUCACCGCCCGACGAUGACAAACAAACUUUUUAUGAAAAUUUACCUUUCCACGGAAUGCAGCCCCCACCAAAUAAGGACAACUUGGAGGGGCAAACACAGGCAGGAGGAAGUAGGCCACCCAGUCAGCUAAGUCAGCAGGCUUCAUCAGGCUAUGGUUCGACUCGAAGCAGGAGAGACCUCAACAUUCAUCAGUCCAAUACUGAAGAUGGCUGCAAAGACACACACAGAACCCGAAGAGACGUCAGUUUUCACCAAGAUGUGGAUGACAUGGAGGAGAUCAAGAAUGAAGGAUUCAACAAAUUGAGAAGGCAGAACUCCGAGUCAUAUGGUUCAAUGAGAAGCACCUCUGGAAAGAAUGCCAAAAGUGCUUUGGCCAGAACGGCAGCUUAUUUUUCCAUGAGACUCCCACGACAUAAGAAAAAAUCCAAAGAUAACGAUACAAAUGAAGAAAACCAUCAAAUGAUAGACAAAAACAGUCCUGGAGGAGCUGUUCCAUCAAAGGAGCCUUUGGCUCAAGCAUCUCCUUUAAGGGAGACAAAAAAUGAGGCCCCCUCUCAAGACCCUCAGACAACACAUUUUACUUCAGAAACAAAACACACAGUUACUUCGCAGCCAGCACAAAACACCGUAAUCUUUGAAUCAAGCCAAACCUCAAAGGUGACGCUGAUUUCUCGACCAUCAUCUCGUGUAGAUUCCAAUAGCAAUACAGUUUACUCAGAAGGCUUCCCCAAUCAAUUUAUCCCCAGACCUGGUAAGGGCAGUAAAGUGUCCAGCCAUGAACAGUCAUCUGACCAACGAACAGAUGAUGACACAGGGAACAUGGAAUCAAUGCCGACACCAGCACCACGGAAUGGUGGAAAUGGGAAAAAACAUACAUACCAAAAUAUACCCCUGCCAACCAAAGACCAAAGUAAACUUGCUCAAUCACAAAUGUUGCCUGAGAACCGAAAGACAGCCAACUACGGGUCUGCCCAGCAUCAGAAUCCUACGCCUAGUUCCUCUUCAUCUUCCUCCUCUCCAUCCUCUUACCCAUACCAACCACAGUACCAGCCACAUUACCAAAGAAACCCAUCUAUGUAUAAACAGUAUCCUUCAUCGUCAUCAUUAAAUCAGCAGCCCCCAUCAUAUCAUUCCACAUCUUCCCGGCAGUCCUAUUCUUCAUCAACCUAUCCACAUCCAGUGGAUAGCCAGUCACAUCCUGCCACAUCAUACCCCAACACCAAAUCACAUCCUGCCACAUCAUAUCCAAGUAACCAUCCUGUCACGUCAUAUCCUCAAUCCGUUAACAGCCAGUCGUCACACUUGCCAAAAUAUACCCCAGGCGUCGUUUACGCUGACUUAACCUUAUCACGCAAUGGCCAUCCUAACACCUAUAGGAGAGACCUCAACACAGAGUACGCCAUCCUACAAUUCAAUGGUCCUAUCGUAGGGCAAGAGAUCGAUGUCUAAAGCCGUUCCUGACUGCCUUAGGAGGUGGUGACCUCGAGUAUGCCGACGUGGAUUACUCAACAUACACGUACGGUCCCAUCCCUUACAAAGCAGCCUCCGUCACAAAUGCUCAGGAGAAGAAGGCCGAAAAGGAAGCUGAG